CAGGAACACGGCGAACCUUGCGUUAGUUUCCCAUGCUGCCUUUCGCGUCAGCUGAUCUGACCACAUCUAUAUCGCCUGCCCGCUUCUGUGUUCCCGGAUCAGCGAAGGAGAGUGACAGAGAUCACGCGACAAAUAAACGCAGAGCAAACAUGUGUGUAAAGUGGGACUAACUGAAGCUAGAGGAGCCAUGUUGGCCACCCAAACACCUGAGAGCGGCCCCGAAGCGAGAGAUGUUAAACAGUGGAUCAAGGACAAGAUCGCACGGACACUAAAAGUCCUGCAGAAGCGUUACAUCACCACAGACACGGCGGUCACCAGCGAGGACCUGGAGGCUAACCUGCUGUGUUGUGCUUUGGAGGCCGUCUUCAUCCAUGGAAUCAAGAGCAAGUUCAUCCGGUUUGAUGGAAGUCACGUACGCAAAGGAGGGUCACGAGGAGCACUUCCUCAGCCCGUCUUCUGGAACCUGUUGAAGACCGUCACCCACAGGGAUGUAGUUCAAGAACUGGAACGUCUAAGCUUCAUAAACUCAGACAUUGGCCGCUGCAGAGCAUGGGUUCGCCUGGCGCUAAAUGACGGGCUUCUGGAGUGUUACCUGACCUCGCUGCUUCGCGAAGGCUCCAACCUGGGCUCCUACUACCAGCCCGGGGCUCUUUUGCUGGACCCGGAGGACCGCGAGGUUCUCCUCACCCUCCUGCAGGGUUUGUCCUCGAUGACCUUCCAGCUCUCCUAUAAAUCAGCUGUGCUGAAUGAGUGGACCAACACACCCCUGGUCCUCGCGGGUCUGUGUCCCCCAACGCCUGCCGACGAGCACCUUGUAGGCCCCAAGUGCAAGGAGUCUUGGGAUACUGUCUCCCAGUCAUCCGGAGGGUCUGGAAGCUCAGAUUGGGCUCAGGAGGUGCUCCAGAGGGAGCCGAGGAGAGAACAGAGCGAGGGCUGUGAGCCGAACACGCCGCUGACCACGUCAAACCUGAGUCUGGACACGUCAGGAUCGUCACAGCUGUCCUCCAGCCUGAGCUCUGAUAGUCUGCUGCAGGGUCAGGAGCUCAGGAGUCCAGAGAAGGAGCACUGGAGUUGUGACACGGAGAUCAGCCAAAACGCACAACAGGAGAUCACCGCCACAGAUGUCAGCAGUUCCUCUAAUCAGGACUUGAAGGAACACUUUGAUGUGUUCAGACCAGCUUCAGACUCUGCAGCACAAGCUGUUAAUGACAACACGCACAAGCCUGAUGCGUCUCCAGCAGCUGCACAGGACACACCUCGAUCAGAUGCACACAUCUCGGAGCAAUCUAAAGCAUGCUCAGAAAACAUAUCAGCUGAGACGGAAGAAUCCAAGACUCUAGUUAAAACCGCCACAGUCACCGAGACUCCAGAAAGCGAGCAGAAGAACUCGUCUGUUGAUUCCCCUUCAGUUUCUGCUUCGACUGAGACGGUUGAGAAGACCUCUGACCUUAAAGACCCUGACGCUCUUCCUUCUGAGACCCCUGUCGCCUCUAGUUCAGUGGAGCAAACCCAACAUGCUGCAUACAGACGCUCCGCAAGUACCAUCAGCAGGAAAACCUCCUCCGACUCUCUGUAUUCCUCCUGCAAAUCCACAUCUUGGAUAUCAGAGGAUGAUUUCUGCAAACCAGAAAAAAUGGACAGUUCUGAAGUGUAUGCCGUCAUUGACAUCGCGCAGAUGAACGGGCAGGAGACGCCUACCUCUGAACCAGACGGCAUCCAGUCAACACCUAGUGUAGUGCACCGGAGACACAACGGUAAGAAGGACACAAGACGGCCUGAUUCUGUGUGUGUAUAUCUAUAUGUUCAGGUUUCAAAACAAGCCUUUAAGUUGCUGACUCAAAUUGAGCACGAGCCACUCCUGCACCUUGACGCUUUGAAUCCUGACCUGUUUGAUCACACUGACAUCAUGGAGAAAGUGCAGAGCCUGAGACAAAGACUUCGUUUUCUUGGAGACUACAUCCUCAUCUGCCGCAGCGGCAUCAGCAAACAGAUCCAACCCAGACUUCAGCAGCGGACAUACUUACUGGAUAACAGUGAUCUAUACAGUGUAUUGGACUUGCAGCAGAUAGCAGACGAGCACUACGAAUCUUACCUGCAGUCUCUGAUUCAGUUUGGGUCCAAGCACGUGCACAGCUGUGACCUUUGCACCCAAAGGGGCUUUAUAUGUCAGAUCUGCAACACCGACAACAUCAUCUUCCCCUUCCAGUUCGACAGCACCACCAGGUGUGACGUCUGCAAAGCGGUGUUUCAUUCCUCCUGCAAGGCCAAGUGUCCGGUCUGUCCACGCUGCGCUCGCAUACAAAAGUAUAUGGAGAGGGAUUUGGAGGACUGAUUUAGCUGUUAGUUAGAAACCGCUCAAGCUACAAGCUCAAAAUCCAGGGUUAGUACUAUAUUAUUGUAGUAUUCUAUCUAAAACAUUAUUUUUCUCAGUAGCAGACCAACUGGAAGCGUUUGAUCGUUUUUUUUUUUUUUUUCUUCACACUAAGCGUUUUAUUUGACUCUUGACCUUAAGUGCACUUAUUUACACAUUCAUCUGUACAUAUUUACUCACAUCAGCACUCCCGUGUUUGUUCUUUCAUCAAAUGUCAAUAAUGCCAAACCAACACUGUUCUGCAACGGUGGGAGAACUGUUAUUAAAGCUAUGAUUUUUGCUUUUCAACUUUA